AAUAGUAAUAUUUGCCUAGAUAUCAUACGUUCUGUAACUAUAAUGUUACAGCGGACAGAACAGAGCCAUCCAUGCAAGAUAUUCAAGAUUCCUCUGUUGUCCAGAAGCUGCCUGGCAAGGAUUCUCCGACCGAAGGGAUCGGAAAGAAUUUUGAGAAAUGGAGAGUCCUUUGCGGUAUGUUAGCAGAGCUUCUCAGCCUACUCCGUUGGGUAAGCAACGGCGGAGCGGUUAUGAGCCGUCGGAUACAGAGACUGAGUGGCAUGAACGGCAGCGGCAUCACAAUCGGGAAGGACGCUGGAGCAUUCGCUCUUGAUGAGGCGGAGGAGUACGAUGAACCGUCGUCUCCUAAAGCUAGUCCGCACUGGAGUAGACACAGCAGCAAGUCACCUUACCGGCCGACAACCGAUAACGGAGACUAUUCGUUGCAGAAACCAAUUUUGAUUUUCCCAGAAAUGUCAGUCCUUUGUCAAAAUUCGAACAUCGGAGGUAGGAUAUUGACGAUCAUUUGGACAAUGAAGAGACCGUCGGCUCAAAUAGAAAGGGAAUCAAAAGGCCGAUUAGAGAGAAACCGAUUAACAAUCGACGAUCGGCGACGGCACUUAGACUCAGAGCUAAUCAAGCGGAGCAAAGAGGGAAAGGGCUGUCUCACCGUUCUCGAGGAACAACUUGCGCAAGCAAAGAGAGGCUGCUCAGGUGAAAACCCCAUCAAUUGGAGAAAUCAACGAAAUAAUCGCCCAUGCGAAGCCAUGGCAUUGAAGAAGAACGCCAUGCCGGUGCCAACAAAUGGCGGCUUAGAAACCCUCCCAAAGCCACCGGCUUUUCACCAGAGAGAUUCUUCUGCUUCCCAUGAAGUAAGAGCAAAUGGGCGUAGUGAUCAGAAAGGAAGAGGGUCCUCAUCUGGUUUGUCACGGAUAACCAUGAACUCCCUCUCCGCUAUCAAUGGGGAAAGCAGCAGCAAAUUCAGCAACGGAAGUAGUAAGAUCAGUGAAACAAGCGGGAGGUCUAGCAUAAGCCUGACCAAGUUCACCGCCAACAGACGCAAGAGCCAGAAGGAGGACUUGUUUGCUUGUAUGAGAAGGGGAUCUUGCCGAAGCUCAAAAUCGCCUGAAAAACGGGCAUUUGAUGAAGCAGCUUUCAUUGAGAAGGCUCUUGUGGUUUCAAAUGAGAGCAUUCCCCAUAUUUUGUUCACAGGGCCAAAAGGCUCCGGAAGAAGAGCCCUGGCCAUUGCUUUUCUGCGGGAAAUAUAUGGCGAUCUAGCUUGGAAUGUUACUCAUGAGCUAAGACAUUUCCGUGUUCAGGAAAAAGGGCCAGUAGAAGUAGUUGUUCCAUUGACAGCCAAUGCUCACCAUAUAGAGCUAAAUGUAAACUUGGAGCCAAAUGCUAAGCAUGCAUUGAUGGGAUUAGUCAAGGAAAGAAGCAGCGGUUACAAAAUCAUCACCCCAGAAAUAAGCACCGUUAGUUUCAAGGGAGACUGUAAAGGUUUAUUGGUUCUUUAUGAAGUUGAUAGGGCGGGGGAGAACAUUCAGCAUUUGAUAAAAUGGAUUAUGGACUGUUAUACAGAUGCUUGUAAGCUUGUAAUCUGUUGUGAAGAUGAUGUGGACAUCCUAGACCCAGUAAAGAACCGCUGCAAAGUCAUCAAAGUUGAUCCUCCUGUAACUCAUGAAUUAAGUAUCUGUACCAGGUUUGAACAAGAAACUGUCGUGGGGGUUCUGGUCCAGAUUGCAGGAAAAGAGGACCUUGAUCUAUCCAUGACCUUUGCGUCUAAGAUUGCAGCCAAGUCAAAGCAGGCAUUGAGAAAAGCAAUCAUGGCUCUUGAAGCUUGCAAAGCUUACAGGUAGGAACACGGAGAGUUUAUAACUUAUAGCCACCAUUAGUUUCAUAUUUUCCCCAAAUGUGAUGCUGUGCUAAUGCGGCUAUCCUUCUGUUGAUAACCAACCAAUUCCACUUGGAUGGGAAGAGGUCUUGGUAGAACUUGCUGUGGAAAUCUUAGCUGAUCCAUCCCAUGAGAGAUUAUUUUCAGUACGAGGAAAGUUCCAAAAGCUUAUUGUGGGGUUUGUUCAUCCCAAACUCAUUCUCCAGAUGAUGCGAUACCUCAGAGAAUGAAUUCAUUUACAGACUUUAACAUCUUUCUGAUGUUGUUUGUUUUUGGAACAUCCAGAAGCUGGUGGAACAGUUUCUGAAGGGAGUGGAGGCCGGAUUGAAAAGGGAAAUCUAUUAUUGGCAUGCUUAUUAUGAAAAGAGGCUCCCGGCAGGAACGAGUGCUUUGUUGAAAUUAGAAGGUAUUGGAGCAACCAAACUUGUAUUUUUAUGUUGCUUGCACAUCAAUUAGUUUAAGAAGAAAUUCGUUUUCAGACA